AUGUCCCUCUCAAAGAACCCCACCACGGCCGUCUCUGCGCCAGGCAAGGUGCUCCUGGCCGGUGGUUACCUCGUCCUGGAUCGCAAGUACACAGGUAUAGUCUUUGGCCUUAGCGCACGCAUCAACGUCGUCGCCGCUGAGAUAGAGACCAGCCCCGGCGUCCAGCUGUCCGAAAUCAUCGUCGAAAGCCCUCAGUUCCUGGAUGCGCAAUGGCGCUACGGCUACCAUCUGGCCGACGAGGAUGGCGGCAUCAAGGCCACGCAGCUACAAGUUGGCGACACAAUCGUCAAGAACCCCUUUGUCGAAACAGCCCUAUCCUACGCCCUCACCCUAAUAUCCAGACUUGCCAAGCACGGUGCCAAGCGCAGUCUGAACCCAGCACGCCUGAUCAUCCUCGCCGAUAAUGACUACUACUCCCUGCCCGCCGACGCUCCCGCCACGACGAACCGAUUCGCUCGCUUCCCGACCACACUCUCCGGUGCACACAAGACGGGCCUCGGCUCGUCCGCCGCGCUGGUCACCUCCCUGACGGCCGCGCUGCUGACCCACUACCUCGAGCCGCAGCUGUUCGAUCUCGCCACGGAACAGGGCAAGAGAACGCUGCAUAACCUCGCGCAGGCCGCGCACUGCGCCGCCCAGGGCAAGGUCGGCUCCGGCUUCGACGUCGCCGCCGCCGUCUACGGCUCGUGCAGGUACCGGCGCUUCAGCCCCUCGGUGCUCUCGGACAUGCCACUGCCCGGCGCCCCGGGCUUUGGCGCCGCGCUCGAGAACCUCGUCCUCAGCAAGAUGUGGGACGUCGAGGUCGACGCCGCCGGCGUCACGCUGCCGCCGGGAGUUGCCGUGCGCAUGUGCGACGUCGACUGUGGCAGCCAGACGGUCGGCAUGGUCAAGACGGUGCUGGCUUGGCGGGGUGCGAAGGCCGAGGCCGCCGGCAAGCUCUGGGACGACCUUCAGGCGCGGAACGAGGCGCUGGCAGCUGUGCUGGCGUCCGGACAGCCGGAUGGAAUCAGAGGCGCGGUUGCUGGCGUCAGAGAUCUGAUACGCAAGAUGGGGUCGGAGAGUGGAGUGGAGAUCGAGCCCAGCAGCCAGACGGAGCUUCUUGAUGCGCUGGAAGGUGUCGAGGGUGUCUAUGGCGGUGUCGUGCCGGGGGCGGGUGGUUUCGAUGCAUUGGCACUCCUCGUGAGGGACGACGACGCUACCACGAAGAGGUUGGAGGAGUGGUUGGCGGAUUGGAGCAGGAACAAGAAGGUAAGGGUCAGGCUUUUGGGAGUCAAGGGCGAAAUGGAGGGGGCGCGGAUGGAGAGCUUGAAGGCCUAUAAUGGGUGGGUAUCAGAAUGA